AUGCAGGGAACUCAUGCCUCUCCUUACAAGACAGCUUACAACACUAGGCACCAAAGGGAAGGAAAGCUUAGUGUUGGAGGGUCAUCACCUAUCCUUGUGCAGCUGGAGUCCACUGGACAAGAGAAGGUCUACUCCAGCAGGUUGGAUGGACAUCAAGUUUUGCAAGACCAACCUCUCAUUGAGCACAAGGAGUUGGAUGGGAGACCCCCUGUGUACACAUUAGUUGGGCAUGAAGAGGAUUUGCGAGAAGAGGAGCCUGAGCUCGAUCGAGCUGAGGAUCGAGCUGAGACAACGCCAGUGAAUGAGGAUUUGGGUGAGCCUGAGUGCUAUUACUUUGAGGAGUAUGAGGCUCCAAGGAUGAACCCCUCUGUUGUGGCUGCCCACAAGAGGAUUGGACUUCUCCAAAGUUCAACAAGUGGCAAGGGAAAGCCAUGGAAAAGAUGCAAAAGUCCAUGGACAAGAUGGAGAGGACAACACGCAGAGAAGGAGGAAGAGUUCCAAAGACGCUCCAACUCGAUCGAGUCCAAACAGAGGAAACUCAACUCGAUCGAGCUGAGGGUCGAGUUGACCUGGAGGAGCCCCUGUUUGAGAACCCUGGGAUUCGAGUACGAUCAACCAGUACCAGGACUUCUCUCAGACCCUGGACUCCCUACAACCGCUUCGAGCGAGCACAGCUCCACCAAGGCCAAGGAAGCCACACACUUUGAAGAUGAAGAAGAGAGGAGGAAGAGCCACAAGCUCGAUCGAGUGAGCCGCAAGAGGCAACCCCAGUUGCAUGGAGUGCUCCUGAUGGCCGUCUCCCAUCUCCAGACCACGACCUAG